CAUUUUUAUGAGACGGCGCAUUUUGCGUCUUGGAGCCCCAGUUAUCUGUGGGUUUUCUGACCAGUAGAAAAAACUAAAAGACUCCCUUGUUGGGUCCAGUAAUAAAUAAAUAUGCCCACUUACUUCCAGCGCCCGGAAAAUGCUCUGAAGCGAGCUAAUGAAUUUAUUGAUGUUGGAAAAAAGCAACGGGCUCUUGAUGCUCUCUAUGAUGUCAUCAAAAGCAAAAAGCAUCGGACAUGGCAGAAAAUCCAUGAGCCGAUUAUGCUCAAAUACCUUGAGCUCUGCGUGGACCUGAAAAAGAGUCAUGUUGCCAAAGAAGGUCUUUAUCAGUACAAGAACAUCUGUCAGCAGGUGAACAUCAAAUCCCUGGAAGAUGUUGUUCGGAAGUACCUGGCAUUGGCAGAAGAAAAGACAGAGGAAGCCCGGCAGGAGUCCCACCAGGCAGUUGCUGACAUUGCAAAUAUUGAUGAUCUGGAUGUUAUCACAACCCCUGAGAGCCUACUGCUGAGCGCUGUCAGUGGUGAAGAUACACAAGACAGGACAGACCGUGCCAUUCUUACACCUUGGGUCAAGUUCCUCUGGGAGUCCUAUCGCCAGUGUCUUGAGUUGUUGAGGAAUAACAACAGAGUGGAGAAACUCUACCAGGACAUCGCGCAGCAAGCCUUCAAGUUCUGCUUGAAGUACUCUCGGAAGACCGAGUUUAGGAAAUUGUGCGAUAACUUGAGAACGCACUUGGGUCACAUCCACAAGCAUCAAGCUCAGCAGACGGCCAUCAACCUCAACAACCCAGAGAGUCAGGCACUGCACCUGGAGACCAGGCUGGUACAGCUAGAGAGUGCUAUUCAGAUGGAGCUUUGGCAGGAAGCAUUCAAAGCUGUUGAAGACAUCUACGGCCUUGUCUCCAUGUCGAAGAAGCCUCCCAAGCCCUCCCUGAUGGCCAAUUACUAUCAGAAGUUGGGCAUGGUAUUCUGGAAGUCUGGCAACCACCUGUUCCAUGCCUGUGCCUGGCACCGCCUCUUCCAACUCUGCCGUGAACAGAAGAAGAGUUUGUCUGCAGAGGAACUACAGAGGAUGGCCUCGCGUGUUCUGUGUGCGACAUUGGCCAUCCCGAUUCCGCCAAAUCGUGACAAGCUCGAUGCCCUUAUUGACCAAGAGAUCAGCACGCUCGACAAACAGAGGCGGUUGGCUACGUUGCUUGGGUUGCAGAAUCCACCAACCAGGAUCAGUCUCAUCAAGGACUUGGUGAAGUACAAUGUUAUCCAAUUCGUCAAUCCCGAGCUACAUAACCUGUACAAGUGGCUUGAGGUCGAGUUUCACCCCCUGAAGCUCGCACAGAGGAUAUCAUCGUCCCUGGAAUACAUUGAGAAGAAUGAAGAAUUGGUCCAGUUCAUCCCACCUCUGCAGGACAUUACCAUCAUGAGGAUACUCAAGCAGGUCUCCCAAGUCUACCAAACCAUCGAGUUCUCUCGUCUUGAAGAGCUGAUUCCAUUCAGCAGUAGUUUCCAUUUGGAGAGGGUGGUCGUCGAAGCUGCCAGAACAUUAGAUUUACAGGUUCGAAUUGACCAUCGUACUCGCUGUCUGACCUUUGGGACCGAUCUUGCUGGCUCCCAGAAAGAGGAUGUUCCUGAGGGUCCGUACCUGCAGGGCAUGCCGAGUGAGCAGAUAAGAAAUCAGUUGAUAUUGAUGGCAGAGGCACUACAGAAGGUCCAGAAGAUGAUGCAACCCAAGUCUUCAUCGACUGUGCGUGAGGAAUUGCGUGCCCACAUCAUUGAAACCUACCGCCACGUCUCCAAACGUGAACACCAGAGAAUUCUCCUUCGUCGCCAAAUCAUUGAGGAUAGGAAGGAACAGUUAGAGAACAUCAAUGUUCAAAGGGAACAUGAGGAAAACCAAAAGCUUGAGGAUGAAAGGAAGAAGCAAAUGGAUGCUGAGAAAGAGCGCCUCGAGCGUGAAAUGGAACAGCGAGCACGCCAGCGUCUCCUGGAGGAGAGGAAGGAGAUCGCUAAACGUCACGCCAAGGAGAAACUUGAGCAACUCAAGAAGUCCGAGAUCGGUGCCAAGGCGUUCAGGGAUAUUGAUGAGGAGGAUCUGGCCGGGUUGGAUGCAGAAGAGAUCAUGGCAAAACAGGUCCAACAGAUUGAGAAGGAGAAGAAGGAAUUGCAGGACAGGCUCAAGUCCCAAGAGAAAAAGCACGACUACAUGAUGAGGGCUCGUAGAGAAGAAGAGAUCCCACUCCUCCUGAAGGAUCGCGAGGAGGAAAAGGCCCAGGCAGAAGAAUUCUGGAAGAAAGAGGAAGAGGAACGGAUUGCCAAACUUAUUGAGGAGCACGACAUUGCGAUUGAGCACCGUGAUCGUCUGCUGCGGAUGAGAGGAGACCGAGAUAUUUUCUUGAAUGACCUCAAGGACAAGAGGAAGACUGUUCACAAGGACAACUUGAAGAACUUCGAGAUAAAACUAGCUGAGGAGCGUAAGCUACGUGUCGCUGAGCGCAAACAGCAGCGAAAGGAUGAGCGUCAAAUGAAACGCCAAAAGGAAAGGGAAGAGGCUGAACAGCGUGCCAAGGAUGAGGCUCUCAAGAAAGAACGUGAAGAGAAGGAACGUCUUGAGAUUGAGCAGCGAGAGAAGGAAGAGGCUGAAUACAGGGAGGUGAAAGAACGACUGGAAAGAGCUGCUGCCAAGCAGCGAGAGAAAGAGAGGGAGAUCGAAGAGAGGCUGGCCAAGGAGAAGGCAGAAAGGGAUCGGGAGCCCAAGGGUCGGGAGGAUGAUAAGUGGCGUCGUGACCGAGACAUUGAUAGUCGACGAAGUGAUGACCGAAAUCGAGGCCGGGACGAGGCUGAUGACGCCCAUGGCCCGAACGCAUGGCGUCCAAAACCUAAAGAAGGUAGCGGAUGGAGGGAUAGGCUGAAAGAGAAAGAAGAAAGAUGGGAAAAAGGACCAGUUGCGGAUAGAGGUCGUGAUACCUCACCUGGGAGAGAUCGUAACCGUUCACCUCCCAGGCGAUCACCACCAAGGGCAAGGUCACCACCACCAAGGGCAAGGUCACCUCCACCAAGGGCAAGGUCACCUCCCCCUAGGGCAAGGUCACCACCACCAGCCAGAGAUGCAUGGCGCCGUGAUGACAGGGGUGGCGAUCGUUGGCGUGAUGAGCCACGGGGUGGUGAUAAACGCGACGAGCGUGGAGGGGAUAGAGAUGGAGACCGGGGUGGUGAUUCCUGGAGGAGGGGCGGCAGUGGUGGUGGUGGUUUUGACCGUGGAGGAAGACGGGAUGAGCCACGUCGUGAUGACCGGGAUGAGUGGCGACGUGGUGGUGGUGGUGGCAGUGAAAGAGGUGGAACUGGUGGUGGGAGCUCUUGGCGUGAUUCUAGAGAUUCUAGGGGACCACCGCCAAGGGAUCGUGAUGGUGAUUCAAGAGAUUUUAGAGGUGAUAGAGAUCGUGAUAGGGGCGGUGAUCGUGAUUUACGUGGAGAUCGAGACCGGGGUGAUCGGGACAUACGGAGUGAUCGCGAUGGAGGUCGCGGGGGUGGCGCUUGGAGGCGUGGAGGAGAUGACACGUCCAGCAGAGGAGAUGAUGCGCCCAGCAGAGGAGGUGGUGGAGGGGCUUGGAGACGUGGAGGUGAUGAUGGUCGUCGUGGUGGUGAGCGUGAUGUUGAACCAAGGGGGUCGCCCACAAAAGAUGAUCGGUGGAGGAAAUCGGAGGAUAGACCAAAAGAUCGACCAGCAGGAUCUGAUGCCCCAGAUGACGGUUGGGUGCAAGUCCGGCGUUGAUGGGGAAUACAGGAUGUGACGUCUGCCCAUUUGUGACAUCACUAAGCACAACCUAUUAUAGACUAUAUAACCCAUUUAUCGUACUCUUCAAACCAAUGUCUGCAGUCUACUGUUUUACAGAUAAAGUGUCGGACACAUUGCCUCAUUGCCUAUCUGAAACUUAUCACUACCAUGUACCAUUCAAAACCUAUAUCUGCUGUGUAUGCAAUAGGCUCCAUGCAAGUCGCCCAAAAUCUUUAUCAAUUUCUGUUGAUACUUUUUGUCAGCCAUGUCAAAAGAUAACUGAAACCAGGGACAGUGAUGUGGAGUCCAGUCAGAACUCGGCAGAUUUGGUUCAGCAAGUUUUGUCGGUUGAAUAUUUCUGUGGGACUUCAUGUUUUGAGCUGAAAUUAUGCCUUUGUUGUAUCCAAAGAAAAUAGCAUCAAUCUGUGUGCAGUAGUCAAGCAUUUGUCAUUGUUGUCAUGUUAUAUACUCCAGUCUUCUGACACACUUCUAACUACUGUACUUCACUUCCUUAGACAUCCAUAUGAUAUGUGUAAGAACUUUGCUUUGCCUGAAUGACAAAUAGUGUCAUAGUCUUGAAAAUUAUUUUGGAGGGUGAACAUAUCCUUUUGGUGGAUUUGAAUCAAUUGCUACAUGUGUUUGGGAGGGAAAUGGGUUCAAGUUUCCAACAAGUAGCUGACUUAAUUUAUUUUGUAUUUGCCUGUGCAGUGGGCUGAUGAGCCGGUCGAUCCUGUUUGUACAGUAAUAAGCCUCGAGUUGCUGUAGACAUGAUUUUUGUCUAAAUGGCGUGAAUUGUAUUCUCAUUGAAAUGUAAUUAUUGCAUGUCGUCAUCCUCAUAAAAAAGUGCCCAAGUCAUUUUUCCUUCUUUUGAGAAAAAUAGAAAAAACUCAUUAAUUUCCUAACUAUUUCAAAUUAAUUUUGCCGCUAACUAAGAAAUUUGAAAUAGUUAGGAAAAUAUGACUUGGGUAAUUAUUUCAUGAGGAUGACGACAUGUUGUCUUGUUCUAUCGUAAAAAAUACAUUAUAUCAAGUAAA